UAAGACAUUAAGAAGAUGUUAAUAAUGAAGUAAGUGACUGGAUAUAUGUUGGUAAGAGUGUAGGAGAACAGUGGUGGGACUGUCUUUUGUAGUGAAUGGCAGUAACAACCACUAGCAAGUAGAUAUUCACUAAAAUACAUGCAUGGACAGACUGAAGACUCUCAGGGAUAAAGACACAAAAUAGCCUGUUAGAGAGAUAUAUAUGUGAUGCUUGGGCUGGCCCCGGACUCGCCUAGCCGUCUCGUAUAUGCGUUAUGCGUAGACCGUGAAUGAUGGCCUCCAACCGCCUAACUACGUCACAUUCUCGACAUUUACCAACACGACCAUCAGCAUCACCACCUGAUACCACACUCAACAUCCAGCCAUCAUAUGUAUAGAAACACAGGAAGACGCAGUGUUUGACUCCGCGAGGCUCAGACGGCAGCUCACCGGCCGAGACAGCCAGCCAAACGCCCUGUGGGACCCAGGAGGCAGCUCGGAAGGUCGCCGGCUGUAUUAUCAAUCGCCUCGACGUCGCCUUGAUUCCGUCAGCUACACUCUACCAGGCCGAUUUCAGCUGUUCAAACAUACUUAUUACAGUUCGGAUACCCGGAAGACGAAUUGCAUAUAUACCAGCAGAUAGCCUCCACACAUACCAGCUAACCAGACACCAAUAUCAAUUACCACUCCCCUACUGCCAGUAUCAUAUAGUAUCAUAUACCCAUACUACCAACAUGCCCAGUCUAAAGAAAGAGUACCCCUGGAUCCAGGAACCACUUAUAAUAUGUCCUCCCAUGCUCCCCGUCGCAACAGGCGAGCUGGCCGCGGCCGUCUCAGCCGCAGGCGGAAUCGGCUUCAUCGGACUCGGCAACAACAUCGACAAACUUGACGCCCAGCUCUCCCUGGCCGCCCACCACCUGCAAACAACACACGCCCAAACCAGCCUACAAACAACCAACGCUGCAAUCCUACCUGUUGGAGUCGGCUUUUUAAACUGGGGCGUCAAACUCGAAGACGCACUGCCCUCUAUCAAAAAGCAUGUUCCAGCAGCUAUUUGGCUAUUCGGCGCUGCACGAGAGACCAUGACAGCUCUCUACGGGGAGUGGAUUGCUCGCGUCCACACUGAGACGAACGGACUCACCAAGGUCUGGGUACAAGUUGGAUCUGUAGCAGACGCAUUGAGCAUAAUGGACGUUUCUGACGCGCAUCGGCCGGACGUGCUUGUUCUGCAGGGCUCGGAUGCAGGUGGUCACGGCCUGAAGAAGGGAGCAGGCAUAAUUACGCUUCUGCCCGAGGUCCAUGAUGCGUUGGCCGAGAAUAACAUUUCUAUUCCCCUGGUUGGAGCAGGUGGCAUUGCGGAUGGUCGCGGCGUGGCUGCUGCAUUGUGUCUGGGUGCCGAUGGUGUGGCGAUGGGCACGCGGUUCCUGGCCUGUAAGCAGACGGAUAUCAUGAAGGGGUAUCAGGAUGAAUUGAUCCGGGCAAAGGACGGGGGCCAGACAACUGUUCGCACAACCAUAUAUGAUCGGCUCAGGGGCUACUUGGACUGGCCGGAGGAGUACGAUGGACGCGGGAUGGUGAAUCAGAGCUACGUGGAUGAGCAGGCGGGCAUGCCUGACGAGGAGAAUAGGCGGCUGUAUGAAGUCGAGAAGACCAAGGGAGAUGCAGGAUGGGGGGUUAAGGGCAGGAUGACCUCGUAUGCUGGGACGGGGAUAGGGUUGGUCAAGGCGGUGAUGACGGCGGAGGAGAUAGUGCGUCAGACCCGAGAUGAGGCCAGGAAAGUGCUUAAACUAGAUGUCUGACCGGUUGGGAUUGGUAAUUGCUAUGCUUCUUAUCACGCUCUCUCUCUCUCGAUGGGUUAUGCUAUUUUCCCAUGCAUGGUCAGUCAGAGUAUAUAACCUUUUUUAUAUAAAACAGCUACUUUACAAUAUUACUUAAAGAAAAAGGACAGGUAAAUAUACUUAAGAAAG